GUGGUGGCUAGAGGAGAGGUUGGUUCCAGCUUCAGAUCUCCAGUAGCUCUCUCCACCCAGCCAGUCAGUAGCACUUUCCCCCCCCCAGCCAGUAAGUAGCUCUCUUCCCUCCAGCCAGUCAGCCUGAAGUUGGACACAUCAUCCCACCACCCCACAUCCACAACAUGAGCGGAAAACGGAAACUGAGUUUCAAGUGGUUAGGGAGUCUCUCCAACCUCUCCUUUCGUCGCGGCUCAUCGUCAGACAAAUCCGACUCCAAGUCUUCUCCCUCCAAGCCUGACGGGGGCAGAGCUCUGGAUGUGGUAUCCUCCCCCGACGCCGUGGAGACGUCAGUUGACGACAUGGAUAUGACGCGUCCACGCACCUACAGCUACGCCCGCUCCAGCGACAACUACACCCACAUGGGCACCUUGCCCCGCCUCCUCCUCAGGAAGAGGGACAAGAGUGGGAAUUCUGGGAAAGGAGGAACCAAGAAGACCAAGGAGAAGACGGGGGCAGGGCUGGGCAGGAGUCAGAGCCAGCGGCAGGCAGGGGACCAUGUGUCUAGCUCUCCCCUUCUCACAGCUCUAUCCAGCCAGCCUGGCUCCAGACAGGACCAGCCUCUCUCACCUCUAUCCAGCCAGGCUGGUCCUGGUCCAAGGACCCAACAAGUCCAGGGGCUGCCUCCCAUCCCCAGAGGGGGAUCACUCAGUAAGAGUAAACACAGAGGCCCACAGGCCCACUGUGAGGGAGGAGAACCACAGGCCCACUGUGAGGGAGGAGACCCACAGAAAUGGCAGCUAAUGUCAGCUCAGGGUGUGGGGUCCACUACCUACUCUACCGCUUCCUCACUUGUUUGUGAUGACGUCCCUAAAGGAAACACAUUUACCACUGAUCAGGGUGUUCCAUCCCCAGAUACAGCAUCAACUGGUGGGGCCAGAAGGAAUCUUCCUCCUGUUCCUGGUCAGUCAGUUUCAAUCUCCUCACAGAGCCAGGUGACCAUCCCCACAGAGGAGCCAUCUCCAACCCCUAAGCUUCCUAUGAAAUCCCUGCAGCAGCCUGGGACCCAGGUCACCCAGCAUUGUGAGGAGGGCUUCCCCAGGGAGAGAGCUGAUAACCUGGGGACAGACAGUAACUCCAGCCCCCUGCCUGAGACGACCUCCUGUGGUUCUAGUAGAAGAGACCUUCAGAGGGAAACUCAGGCUGUUGAACCUGUGAACAGCCCCAUGGACCCAACAGACAGCCAGGGUGAAUAUGUCAAGUUCUCCAAGGAUAAGUAUCUGCUGGAGUCUCCACCAGAGAAACUACGCAAGGAGCUGGAGGAGGAGCUGAGACUCUGCAGCAGCGAUAUCAGGAGCCAUGGCUGGUACCAUGGACACAUCCCACGAGAGGUGUCAGAGACGGUGGUGCUGCGAAACGGUGAUUUCCUGAUCCGUGAUUCGCUGAUAAAUGUGGGCGACUACGUCCUGACGACCAGGUGGAACCACGAGGUUCUGCACUUCAAGAUCACCAAGGUCCUGGUCAAGUCCAGCACUGAGUCUAAGGUCCAGUACCUGUUAGAGAAAGACAGCUUCGACUCUUUACCUGAUCUGAUGAGGUACUACGUGGCCGGGCGGCGGCCUGUCUCCCAGCCCAGCGGAGCCCUGAUCUACUGUCCAAUCAUACGCACCCUCCCCUUGCGUUACCUGGAAGCAACGUUUGCCUUAGCCAAUAGCAGACACGGCCUAGCCCACUCACCAUCCAGUCAGAAAGGAGCGUACAUCAAGAGGAGGAGCGUGACCAUGAACGACGGAUUGACCACGGACAAGCUGAUACCUCACAGCUCCUCUACUAUUCACAACCACAAGGACACCAUUAGGAACUGUACUCUGAGUAUGGACCUCAUCCAAGAGUAUCGCCGUCCUCCAGUAGGGGAGACACCUCUCUCCCCAGCCUACAGCCACAUCCACAGACACAGAACCCAGUCAGGGGGUAGACUUCUGGCCGUGGUGCCCCCCUCGCCAAUUCUGAGACGCUCCAGCGACCCCCAGCUCAGCCCUGGCUCCAACAACAACCUACCCGACAUGCUAGCAGCCAGCUCACACUCCACCCCGGCCCACUGCUCCUAUAUAACCCCAGCAGAGGGCUCCGAGACGGGGGGCAGCUACUGCGACCUACGGCCCACCCCGGCCCUCUGUCCUGAGGCUCCCUGUGCUGCCGGCAUGCCUCCCACACCUCCCGCUAAGAGCUACGUGGAGCGGCUGCGUGUGGAGGAGGGCCGAGGGCCUGCCCCAGGGAGGGAGGAUGGGGCUCGGGGAGAGGCGUUCAGCGCCCCCCUGGUGGAAACAGCCUCCUCCUUCAGACCAGGGAAGUACCUCUCGCCCCUGAUGGCCUCGGAGAACAAGCCCUUAGAGAUGAGCAUUCUGAAGAGGGUCAAAGAGCUUCUGGCGGAGGUGGACGCUAGGACGGCUGCUAAACACAUCACCAUGGCUGACUGCAUGGUUGCAAGAAUACUGGGCGUUACCGAGGAGAUGCAGAGGAUGAUGGGAGUGGGCUCAGGACUGGAGCUGUUGACUCUUCCUCACGGACACCAGCUGAGACUGGACCUACUGGAGCGGUUCUAUACUAUGUCUAUAAUGAUGGCUGUGGACCUGCUGGGCUGUACAGGCAGUACAGAGGAGAGGGCUGCUCUGCUCCAUAAGACCAUCCAGCUGGCUGCUGAACUCAAGAGCAACCUGGGGAACAUGUUCGGCUUCGCCGCUGUGAUGAGAGCACUGGAGCUACCACAGAUCUCUCGUCUGGAGCAGACGUGGAUGACGUUACGUCAGAGACACACAGAAGGAGCCAUCCUCUAUGAGAAGAAGCUCAAGCCUUUCAUGAAGAACAUGAACGAUGGCAAAGAGAGCACUGUGCUGUCCAACACCUCCUUCCCUCAUGUGGUUCCUCUGCUGUCUCUGCUGGAGAGGAGUGUGGCUGUGGGGGAGGGGCCAGGGGCAGGGAUAGAACCCUGGGAGAAAGUGGAGGCGGGGGUUGACGUGGUGAUGUCACACCUGGAGGCGGCCCGGACCAUCGCUCACCAUGGGGGGCUGUACCGCACCAACGCUGAGACCAAACUACAUGGCUUCCAGGAGAGGGAGGAGGUUCUGGAGAUCUUCCGGACAGAGUUCCAGAUGAGGUUGCUAUGGGGAAGUCGGGGGUCGCAGGGCAGCCAAUCAGAGCGCUAUGAGAAGUUUGACAAAGUCCUGACCGCUCUGUCUUACAAGCUGGAACCUAUUGUACGCCACAGUGAACUAUAGCACCCAUCUCACUGAACACCCCUAUACACAGCACAGCACUCACAGUGGUAUGGCCCGUCUCCCCACACUGCUGCUGUAUGAUUCCAAUGUGAAUACAAGGGGAGGAAGCAGCUAACAGACACAAGAGAAUGGACUGAGAGAGGAUUAGGGUACACUAAAAGAGAAGGAGCGUCUCACUGUAUAUCCCCCAAAAAGGCACAAAGGGCUUUUUCAGAGCUCUUAAACAGUGUGGGAACCUACAUAUUCUGCCUAUCUUCAAAGUACAGAUAAUUGUAUGGUGUGCACUUAGGGUCAAACAGCGCAGGGGAGGGAGUAGAGGGAAGAGGAAGCUCUGAUUUGUCUCAAACCUCCCUCAUUAGUACUGUCACACUCUGUUGUAUCACCAACUUAGAGACAGUCAUAUUUAACACAAUGUUUGUGCUCUUCAGGACACCUGUAUCAUAGAUAUAAAACGAUCUCUCUCUAUGACCUGUGUCACCAGACCUCGGCUUCAGACUGAGAGGUAGUGUGUUCUAGAAUCUGUUGUUCUUGUAUAAACUCUCUGCAUGGCUGCCUUUCAUUCCAUAUUCCAUCACGUCCCCUGCAGUGUGCUCAGACAGUCUCUUAUCUAUCUGUUUUGAACAAGUCAUAAUAUAUGUUAUGUUUCCAAAUCACAUCAGCUGUCAAAGAGAGUGAUUGAUCAAUAUCCCAGACAUUGUGGAAAACACAGUCUAGUUAAGAUAGUUAUUGACAUACUGUGCUCUGCCAAAAAGCCUUUUCUCUCUGUGGACUUUGUUUGUGUGCUGUUCUUAUGAGGGCUCUUCUGAGAAGCAUUCACCCCCCUCUCCUUUCCUCCGUUUCUGGCAUGUCAUAAAUGUUUCUCAAAUCAAAUCAAAAUCAAAUUGCAUUGGUCA